CCUAGCUUUUAAGCACCCAUGUCCAUGGCAACCCUCGAUAACCCUCCCAUUUUUGUUUCCAAAAUAGCCAUAAUAGGGGCUGGAGUAAGCGGAAUAGCCGCCACCAAACAACUAUCCCAUCACAACCCUAUUGUUUUUGAGGCCACAAAUUCCAUUGGUGGGGUUUGGAGGCAUUGUUCCUACAAUUCUACUAAGCUUCAGUCACAUAGACGUGACUAUGAGUUCAGUGAUUUCCCUUGGCCUGAAAGGGAUAAUCCGGAGUUCCCUACCCACAUGGAGAUUUUGGAUUAUUUGUAUUCCUAUGCUGAGCACUUCGAUGUGCUCAAGCAUAUCAGAUUUAACUCCAAGGUGGUGGAAAUUCGGUAUGUUGGGGACCAAGAAUAUGCCUCUGAUUUUAGAAAUCCACCUAGUGAAUUUGGAACCCCACUCCCUGGUCGUCCUGUAUGGGAACUGGCUGUCCAGACCAAUCAAUUAGACACCAUUCAGUGGUACGCCUUUGAGUUUAUAGUGGUUUGCAUCGGAAAAUAUGGUGACAUACCGAAGCUUCCAGAAUUUGCAUGCAACAAAGGCCCUGAAGUGUUCAAGGGUAAGGUCCUGCACACUCUUGAUUACUGUAAACUUGACCAGGAGGCUGCAACUAAGCUUCUCAAGGGAAAGAAGGUUGUGGUCGUUGGUUUCAAAAAAUCAGCUAUUGAUUUAGCCAUGGAGUGUGCAAAGGCAAACCAAGGACCUGAAGGGAAACCUUGCACCAUGGUAGUAAGGACUACACAUUGGAUAGUUCCCCAUUAUUGGAUUUGGGGAUUGCCAUUUUCCAUGUUCUACUCGACAAGAUCUUCUCAGUUCCUCCACGAAAGACCUAAUCAAGGUUUACUCAAGGCCAUUCUGUGCUUCCUAUUAUCCCCAAUGAGAAGUGGAAUUUCAAAGUUUAUUGAAUCCUACUUGCUUUGGAAACUCCCAUUGGAGAAGUAUGGACUGAUACCAGAGCACCCCUUCGAGGAGGAUUAUGCAACUUGUCAAAUGGCUAUUGUGCCCGAAAAUUUCUUCUCUGAGGCUGAUAAGGAAAAAAUUGUCUUCAAAAAAACAUCAAAUUGGUCCUUCUGGAGUGAAGGAAUUCAAUUUGAAGACGACUCUAAACUUGAGGCUGAUGUAGUGGUUCUUGCAACUGGUUUUGAUGGGAAGGAAAAGCUCAAAAGCAUCUUACCACAGCCUUUCAACAGCUUGUUAGAUUACCGAUCUGGGAUUAUGCCCUUAUAUAGGGGAACUAUCCAUCCAUUGAUUCCCAAUAUGGCCUUUGUGGGUUAUAUUGAGAGUGUAUCAAAUCUUGCCACUUCAGAGAUACGUUCCAUGUGGCUCGCUGCACUAGUAGACAAUAAAUUUAAGCUCCCUAGUGUUGAGAAGAUGCUUUCACAAACACUUAAGGAGAUUGAUGUUAUGAAAAGGUCAAGUAGGUUUUAUAAAAAGCAUUGCAUUUCAACUUAUUACAUCAACCAUAGUGAUGAAAUAUGUGAAGAUAUGGGUUGGAGUCCAUGGAGGAAAAGGAACUGGAUUACGGAAGCAUUCAGCCCCUAUAGCAGUAAAGACUACAUGAAAGAAGAUUGAGAAUAUAAUAAUCAUCCUAUACAUGCUUGCAUUUGGAUAAAAAAUCUAUAGUUGCAUUAAUAUAUAGUACGGAGAUAUGUAAGAAAAACAAGAGCAUGUGUCGUCUUAUCAAGUUAAGAAAUAUUCAAUGUUGUGUUUGUUUUAAAGUUUGUAAAAUUAUUUUUGAGAAAGUAAAUUUGAAAAUGUGACAUUUCCGUGU